UGUGCUGAAUGUCAUCAGUUAACACCAGCUCACAGCCAUAGGAACAUCUCCAAGAGUGGAGUUGUUCAACUGUGUCAGAUUUCGUACCUUUUCGGAGCACUAAGGUUCUUACUCACACCGGCCCCAGUCACCCCAUAUCCGAUAUGCGCGCUUUCGUGGUUCUCGCCUGUGUGGCGUUGGCCUAUGGCCGCCCUGAGCCUCCAGUUGGAUACAGCUAUUCCGCUCCUAGCACCAGAUACUCCGCUCCUUCUAGUAGCUAUGGAGCUCCAUCCGCUGGUGGUCAUAGAAUCGUUGUCGGAGGACAUUCUGGAGGAAUAUCUCUCGGCGGCGGACACUCGAGUGGCCUUAUCAGCGGCGGGCACUCCUCUGGCGGCCACUCUUUCGGAGCCGGCAGCAUCGGAGGAGGGCUAGGCGGUGGAUUGAGUUUCAGCGGCGGGGACUCAGGAUUCAGCAGUGGUUAUGCCGGUGGCUAUUCGGGCGCUCCACUAGUCCAGAAACACAUCUACGUCCACGUGCCUCCUCCAGAACCAGUCGAACAGAGAGCCCCACGUAUUCCAGCCGUCGCUCCUCCUCAGAAACAUUACAAGAUCAUCUUCAUUAAGGCUCCGGCUCCCCCUGCUCCUCAAGCUCCCAUUAUCCCCGUCCAGCCCCAGAACGAAGAGAAAACCCUCGUGUACGUCUUGGUCAAGAAGCCAGAAGAGCAACCCGACAUCAUUAUCCCUACCCCAGCACCCACUCAGCCUUCCAAACCCGAAGUCUAUUUCAUCAAAUACCAGACCCAAAAGGAAUCCGGUGGCGCUAUUGGCGGUGGUGUUAUUGGUGGUGGUGCUAUCGGCGGUGGUGAUUUGGGUGGUAUCGCACUCGGCGCGGGCGCGGGUGUCGGCGGCGGCGCGGGCGGUCAUGGCGGAGACGACAUCGGUGCUGAUUUUGGAGCUAGCGGCGCGGACGCUGGCUCCGAUGGCGGUCACGGUGGUGCCACAAACACUCAAUACGGCCCCCCCGGACAUGUUGCGGGACCGCUUCAUUAAAAAAGUCUCAUUUAGUAUCUCAUGUGAUCAGUGUUGUAGUGCGAUUUUUCUAUCUAAAACGCUAUACUGUGAUGAAAUCAAUUUAAGUGUUCAGCACCGUUCGUGACUAGAAUGUGCUGAAAAGGUUUAAAUCUCCCGGCAUUACACCUGAAUCCGCGCCGGACGCCUUGUACAUAGUCAUCUGCAGCGUUCGACGCUCUGCGACACGAAUAAUCAUUCUCAUUAUCGAACUUCAUCUAUCUACUUGUUAUUAGUGCACAGUGUUAAGUUAAUACUAAAGGAGGUAAUUUACAGCGACUGUUAUGUUAUGUAUUAUAGCUUUUUUUUUUACUUUUAUAAUAAAAUAAAAAGUGUGACGCUUAA